AUGUCCGUGACUCGGUCGAAAGACCCGUUGGUAUGGAUUGAUUGCGAGGUAUGUUUGAACUAUGGCCCCUCCCCGAGUGCCACUACCAUGUACUCGUUUCUACCUGCCAUACUUGGACCAGUGACCUACCCAACGACAACGAACAAAUACUCAUGCAAGCAGAUGACCGGCCUCGAUGCCACAAAGGACACCAUCAUGUCCAUCGCCUGCUUUGUGACUGAUGCCCAGCUCAAUGUGCUCGACGAAAACGGCUACGAGACAGUGGUGCAUCACUCGUCUCAGCAGUUGUCCACAAUGGGCGAAUGGUGUACUAGGACACAUACCGCUUCAGGCCUCGUCGACCAGUGCGUUAUGUCGACAACCGACGCACAAGCUGCUGCCACUAAGACACUGCGAUACAUCAAGCAGCUGGUCCCCCAACCUGGCAGAGCUCUUCUGGCUGGCAACUCGAUUCAUGCAGACAAAAUGUUCCUGAUGCAUGAGCCAUGGAAGCAGAUACUCGAUCAUCUUCACUACCGACUUCUGGAUGUCAGCGCUAUCAAAGAAGCCGCCAGACGAUGGGCCCCUGAUGAGGUGCUGGAGAACGUCCCAAAGAAGCAACUCAAGCAUGAAGCCAAAGCCGACAUACUUGAAAGCAUCGAGGAGGCUCGCUACUACCGAAAUUUAUUUGGAGGCAUACGACAGUCGUCAUCGUCACCUCCUCACCUUGUUGGCUCUCAGAACUCUACUUCAACACUGGACAGUGCGUACGGAGCCAACAAUGGUACACCAGCAUCAUUCCUGCGCAAGGACUCGUAUGGCAAUACCAUCACGCAGGAGGCCGAACAGGUCGAGGCAACGCUCAAAGCUAAGCGUAAGGCUGGCGAGAUGGAAAUGCAAUAUCCUUUGGUCGAUGGUAGUCGUAGGCCGAACGGCCGAGGCCUGCGGACGAUUUCUGGUGGAUUACAAGCCUCCAACAGUAUCGAGUCGGUGGGCAGCGAUCAAGAGGGCUUCCGGACUGAUGUGCCGUGA